UUGCCGUUUGCUCAGACAAGUAUAAAUGUUGUUAACGGUUUCCGAAAGACAGGCAUCUUCUCGUAUAAUUCAAACAUUUUUGUUGAGGAUGAGUUUUUACCGUCAUUUGUAACCGAUCGUCCUGAACCAGAAACUAUCGAGCCGGAAAAAGAUCAUCCAGAGCAAGCUGUGAUGUCCAGCACUGAACCUAAUCCCACUCCUUCUGCCUCCACCAGCCAAGCUCUACCCGAACCUGGUCCAAGCAACAAAGAAAACGAGUCGAUCGACCUAAUACAAGUAUUUUCCCCGGAAAUUGUACGACCAUACCCAAAGACUGGCCCUAGAAAAGCAGCUAAAACUAACAGAAGAAAGAGGAAAGCUGAAAUACUAACAGAUACUCCCGAAAAAAAAAAACGCUUUAGAAGACCAUCAAAAUAA